GCCGGCCGGGCCGGGGACGCGUGAGCCCGCAGCCCCGCAGAGCCCAGCCGACAGCCGCGGCCCGCGCGGCCCCGCUCGGCGCCCGGGGCGCGGGGUGGGGGGACCCAGCCCCUCUCGCCGGGGGAUGCUGGGGGCUGCCUGGCGCCGGGCAUCCGGGCCGCCCUCCACACCCCCGUGCCGCCCCUGUGCCCGCGGGGGCCCGCGACGAGAAGCGGGGCCCCAGGUGCUGCGCGGCGCCGGGCGGGCAGCGGGGCAUGGAGCGCCUGGGGGAGAAGGCCAGUCGCCUGCUGGAGAAGCUCAGGCUCUCGGACUCCGGCAGCGCCAAGUUCGGCCGCAGGAAGGGUGAAUCGAGCCGGUCUGGGGCUGAUGGCACGGCCGGGCCGAGCAAGGGGCGCCUGAGUGGUUUGGGGGCACCCAGGAAGUCAGGGCCCCGCGGAGCCGCUGGGGGCCCCGGGGACGAGCCCUUGGAGCCGGCCCGAGAGCCAGGCCCCCUGGACGCCGAGCGGAACCCGCGCGGCUCCUUUGAGGCGCAGCGCUAUGAAGGCUCCUUUGCCGGGGGGCUGCCUCCCGCCCGGGCGUUGCCUCUACCUCAGUCACUGCCCCCCGACUUUCGGCUGGAGCCCUCGGCCCCGGCCUUGAGCCCUCGCUCCAGCUUCGCGAGCAGCUCGGCCAGCGACGCGAGCAAGCCGUCUAGCCCCCGGGGCAGCCUGCUCCUGGACGGGGCGGGGGGCGGCGGGGCCGGAGGGAGCCGGCCCUGCAGCAACCGGACCAGCGGCAUCAGCAUGGGCUACGACCAGCGCCACGGCAGCCCCCUGCCCGCCGGGCCGUGCCUGUUCGGGCCCCCCCUGGCCGGGGUCCCGGCGGGCUACUCCCCCGGAGGGGUGCCGUCCGCCUACCCGGAGCUCCACGCCGCCCUGGACCGACUGUGCGCGCACCGCCCCGCGGGCUUCGGCUGCCAGGAGAGCCGACACUCGUACCCGCCGGCCCUGGGCAGCCCGGGAACCCUGGCCGGAGCCGCGGUGGGAGCGGCGGGGCCCCUGGAGAGACGCGGGGCGCAGCCCGGACGACACUCGGUCACGGGCUACGGGGACUGCGCGGCGGGCGCCCGCUACCAGGACGAGCUGAGCGCGCUGCUGCGCCUGGCAGGGGGCGCGGGCGGGCGAGAAGCCGGCGCGCGCGGGGAGCCCUCGGGGAUUGAGCCGUCGGGCCUGGAGGAGCCGCAGGGCGCGUUCGUCCCGGAGGCCGCCCGGGCCCGGCUGCGGGAGCCAGAGGCCAGAGAGGACUAUUUCGGCACCUGUAUCAAGUGCAACAAAGGCAUCUACGGGCAAAGCAAUGCCUGCCAGGCCCUGGACAGCCUCUACCAUACCCAGUGCUUUGUGUGCUGCUCCUGUGGGCGAACUCUACGCUGCAAGGCUUUCUACAGUGUCAACGGCUCCGUGUACUGUGAGGAGGACUAUCUGUUUUCAGGGUUUCAGGAGGCAGCUGAGAAAUGCUGUGUCUGUGGGCACUUGAUUCUGGAGAAGAUCCUCCAGGCAAUGGGGAAGUCCUAUCACCCAGGCUGCUUCCGCUGCAUCGUUUGCAACAAGUGCCUGGAUGGCAUCCCCUUCACGGUGGACUUCUCCAACCAGGUGUACUGUGUCACCGACUACCACAAAAACUAUGCUCCCAAGUGUGCGGCCUGUGGCCAGCCCAUCCUCCCCUCUGAGGGCUGUGAGGACAUUGUGAGGGUGAUUUCCAUGGACCGAGAUUAUCACUUUGAGUGCUACCACUGUGAGGACUGCCGGAUGCAGCUGAGUGACGAGGAAGGCUGCUGCUGCUUCCCUCUGGAUGGGCACUUGCUCUGCCACGGCUGUCACAUGCAGCGGCUCAGCACCCGACAGCCCCCUGCCAACUACAUCUGAGCCGCAGUCACCACUGCCGCCGUCGCUGCCGAUGACAGACCCCUCUGGCCAGCGAGCCCCUCUGAGGUCAGCGGAGGCAAGGAAUGUCCUCUCCGAGCCUGACAGAAGAGCCUCUUGGGAAAAGGGUCCCAAGGGCCAGAGAGACCCAAAGAUCACAACAUUCCAAAUGGAUUGUGGAGGAGAAGACGUCCGGUUGCGCCGGCAUGGGGGUGACUGGCCUCCCCACCACGUGCAGCCUGUGCUGGAGCCGACGCCCAGGCACCGCAGGCUGCCUCAUGUGCCUCAAGGGCUGACUUCAUGUGUGCCUCCCGUCCAUGUGUGCUUGUCCUGUUCUGUUUCUGGAUCAUGAUGUGUGUGGGGGGAGUAUCAAGGGAGCCCCUCACUCUUGUACUCCACACGAGAGUGAGUCAGGCGUGAGGUCACCCUGGCUGUCACCACAGUUAUCUCGUCUUUACCUGGAUGCAGCAGUGGACAUGCUGAGCCAGCUCUAGAAAUGCUGGGUUAUUCCAUGAGCACCUUUCUCUGAGAAGGGCGGCCCAGCUUAGAAAGGUGAGGCAGGUUGGGGGGUGGGGGCUGCUGCCGCUUGUACUGCCUGUAUCUCAGGGACUCACUCGGACCUGGGGCGGUCAGGUGGGUGCCUGCACUUGGUUUCUGGUGUCAGCUGGAGGAGGUAAUGAAUUGGUCCCUGGGCAUGGAGCUCCAGGCUUGCCCCACUUCCUGCGUGCUCCCCAGCUGACGGGCACGGAGGCCCCCCGGCACAGCCUAUGCACACGUGAGCAUGUCACACACUCUCUCACUCCCUGCUCAGGUCCUUCCUGCCCUCGUUCCCUAGCAGUAACUCACCCUUCUAGACCUCUGAGAUGCAGGAUGUUAGCCCCUGUAACCUCCCUCAUUCCCCCACCCCCAACACCCAGGUUCUGAGGAGCUGGAGGAGGAAGGCACUGACUUGGCUCUAGCCAGUGGUGUUGAUGUUGGUUCACCUAAGGGUAGACUUCUUAAGCCAGUUCCUUGUGGUAAACAUUUAGCAGGUCUACCAAAUUCUUGCUGACCACUGGGUUAUUUUUGGGUUUUGUUGUUGUUGUUUGUUUUUGCCACAGGAUUAUUGUUGGGGGCUCAGUGCCUGCAUCAUGAAUCCAUUGCUGUUCACAACCUGUUUUGUUUUUCUUUUUCUCCUUUCAUACGGAAACAAGGGGGAAGAAACACCUUCAGCACUGCCCCACUGCUUGUGACGUCUCCCCUUUCCCUGCACUUGGGGAGGACCUGAGGCUUGAACUCAGGUCCUCACACAUAGUAAUGUGUGCACUCUACUGUGUGCACCACUGCCCAACCACUGAGGUGUUUUUAUCUAUUUAGGUGUUCUAUCUUUUAUUAUUAUUUUUAUUUGUCAUGCUUAAGUUUCUAGCAAUAAAUAUAAUCGGUGCGGA